GCACUGGAAUGGCUGCCGAGGGUGGUGGUUGAGCCACCGUCUAUCGAGGUAUUUAAAAGACGGGUAGAUGAAUUGCUCAGGGAUAUGGUUUAGUACUGGACAGGUACGGUUGGACUCAAUGAUCUCAAAGGUCUUUUCCAACCAAGCAGUUCUAUGAUUAGGUUCGGGGAAACCUUAUAGCAGCCUUCCGGUACCUGAAGGGGGCUACAGGAAAGCUGGCGAGGAGGUUUUUACAAGGGCAUGUAGUGAUAGGAUGAGUGGGGAUUUAUUUUUUAGGGUAAAAAUCCACCUUUUUUAAACUCAGCAUUCCGCCUUUUAUCAGAAAUAGCUUGGCCAGCAGGAUCAGGGACGUAAUCAUCCCGCCUGUACUCGGUGCUGGUGCGUCAGCACCUUGAAUCCUAUGUUCAGUUUUGGGCCACUCACUACAAGAAAGACAUUGAGGUUCUGGAGCAUAUCCAGAGGAGGCCAGCGAGGCUGGUGAAGGGGCUGCAAUACAAGUCUUACUGAAGAGUGGCUGAGGGAACUGGGAUUGAUUCGUCUGGAGAAAAGGAGGCUGAGGGGAGACCUCAUUACUCCACACAACUACCUGACCAGAGGUUGUAGUGAGGCAGGUGUUGGUCUCCUCCCAAAUAACUGAUUAUAGAACAAGAGGAUAUGGCCGCUAAUUGCAUCAUGGGAGGUUUAGAUUGGAUAUGAGGAAAAAUUCCUUCACAAAAAGUGUUGUCAGCCUUGGAACAGGCUGCCCAGAGAAGCAGUGAGUCAUCAUUAUAGAGUUGUAGAAUGGUUUGAGUUGGAAGGGACCUUAAAGAUCAUCCAGUUCCAACCUUCCUCUCAUGGGCAGGGACACCUUCAGAUGACAAUCGAUCAGGUUGCUCAAAGCCUCUUACAACCUGGCCUUGAACACCUCCAGGGAUGAGGUAGCUACAACUUUUCUGGGCAUCCUCUUCCAGUGCCUCACCAUCCUCGUAGUAAAAAAUGUCUUCCUGAUAUCUAAUUUAAAUCAACCACCUUUCAGCUUAAAACCCUUACUCCUCAUUCUAUCACUGCACUCCUUCGAGGUAUUUAAAAGCUGUGUAGACAUGAUGCUUAAAGAUAUUUACUGGGGUUGUUUAGCCUUGAGGAGGCUGAGGGGUGACCUUAUUGCUCUCUACAACUUCCUGAAAGGCGGUUGUAGAGAGGAGGGAGCUGGCCUCUUCUCCCAAGUGACAGGGGACAGGACAAGAGGGAAUGGCCUCAAGCUGUGCCAGGGGAGUUCAGGCUGGAUAUCUCAGAACAAAAUUUUUCACAGAAAGGGUCAUUGGGCAGCAGAACAAGCUGCCCAGGGAGGGGGUUGAGUCUCCAUCCCUGGAGGUAUUUAAAAGAUGGGUAGAUGAGGUGCUCAGGGACAUGGUUUAGUGGCAGGUAGGAGUGGUUUGACUCGAUGAUCCAAGAGGUAUUUUCCAACCUAGUGAUUCUAUGAUUCUAUAACAUUGUUUAGUGUUAGGCUUGGCAGUGUUAGGUUAAGGGUCGCACUCUGUGAUCUUAAGUGCCUUUUCCAAUCUAAACGAUUCUGUGAUUCUCUGAUUCAUGCGGUGCUGUUGAGAGAUUUAAAUGUGGCAUGGUGGGGCCCCAGGGGCAUUUGAGGGGGAUCCCCCCACUCAUAUACCCACCUGGACCUCCUCAGUGCAGGGCUUGGUGAGGCAGCUGGUGGUUUGCUCACCAAGGACAAGGGCAGCUUGAAACCAUUCCCAAAACAAGCAGAUGUCAGUGCAGGCCCUCACAGGAAAGCAUCUGUUGCCGUGUCCUUCUUGGGGUCUGUGGUUGUGUGCAGUAUCAAGUCUUUGGAGGCAUGUGCUGUGAAGUCCUUGAGGCAGCUUCAUCAAAGAGGACUACUUCCAGGCUGAAAUCUAUUGGAUGUGUUUUCAGGAAUCACACGCAUUCAAGGACUGAAAUCCGUUGUAUUAACAUCCCUACCAGGCUUUGCAUAUUAGUUUUUAUGUCUGUUUUUUUAAUUUAAAUUUCCUAGAAAGCAGGUGAAAAUAAUGAUAAGGUUUUGUAAUAAAACAUGUCCUGCUUCUCCUCACUUCCACUCUUUAGCUGCCUUUUUGGUGUAAACUCCGACUUCAUUGGGAUUCAAAGGCUGUUACCACUGCUGCACAUCAGAGUCAACACCCAAGAGCUCUUCCGACACCACAUCUCCUUCCUGUGGUGUCUUUGGGAACUUUGGCCUUCAGGGGUUGUAUUUUCUUACAACUUGGAUUGGCAAGGGAUGUGCUGACAUUUGGCAAUCCAGUUGUCACCCUCUUUCCAAAUUCUCUGUGAACUGUGCUCGGUGUGCUGAGCUGGAAAAAAAAAUCUUUUUUGUAAAUGUCAGUGUAUGUAUGUGCAGAAUAUAAGAAGUAUCAGGCAACUGUUGAGAACUUGCUUCUGUGCUGACAAAAGUACAGCUGCUCCAGCAAAUAUGCUCCUUGAAAAGACGUUACCAGCACAGCAAAGUGUGGGAGAUGCUGACAUUGUCAUUCUGAGUCUGAAGACAGUCCCAUCUCUCCUGUGUGACAAGCUGCAGCUUCUGAGCUUGGUUACGAAGAGGAGGAAAUUCUGGUGCUGGCAGAAGCCCAAGUAUCAUUUCUUGACAGUCACCCUGAGCGAUGUGCUUACUGAAGACAAACCGAUAAAACCAGUAAUUGUGGAGUCUGACUUUGCAAAAUAUAUGGGAAAGUUUGAAGAUCUUAUUCAAGGAAGUAUUGCAACUUCAUUUGGAAAGAUCAGCCUGGGAGCUGGAGGAAAGGGCUAUGUGGAAAACCAGUCCUCAUUUGGAAACCUGAAGAAGCAGGAGAUUGACUUGCAGCAGCUUAUGAAAGACGUCAAGGACAGAACAAUAGAUCUAAACAGUGGUUUACUGCAACAAGUAAUAGAAAGAAAACGUGAAGUGCUGUGCAUUUUGAGAGAAAAGAUAAUAACAACUCAGAAGUGUACGAUAUAUGAACGUAUCCAGACAGAAGAAAAAAUCAGUGGUGUGAUGGGAUGCAAUCCAAAAAUAGUAAAGGUUUCAGUGAGUGAAAGUGGAAGUAUGAUGAAGGACUCCAGUGUGAUCCUUGAAAUUCCUCCUGCAACUACUAUUGCCUAUGGUGUAAUUGAACUGUUUAUAAAGCAGAGUGGCCAGUUUGAAUUCUGUCUGCUGGAUGAACAGCAAGGAGGCUUUGAAAAAGAAAGCACAGAAGACUCAGCUUAUCCCCAUUCAGCACUAUUCAGAAACGCCUCAUUUCUCUAUCAGCCAGAUGCUGUUGAUAAUGAAGUGUACUCAGGGGCUAAAAACCUCAUUCCCAGCUACGCUUCUUUAAGUGUAUUGAAACAAGAUCUGUCACGGUUGAAGACUCAAUUCCAGCCCUUUGUGAAGCUGCCGGAGGACAAGCAAAGAGCUUUAUAUAAAACUCUUUGUGAACUCUUGCUCCAUGAAGAAAUGGUAACUGCCCUGGAGGAUGUGUUAGAUGAUAUCUAUGCAGGAGACAAGCCAGAUCUGAAGGAGUUAAACCCUGCUCAACAACAAAGCCUCCUUGACAUCUUGCAACUCUUAGGGUGCAGUUUACCGAGUGAGCUGUUGUUGCAGACAUAUCAGCCUCAGGAUGGAGAACUCUUGUCAGCUGCUCACCUCCUCAUCAGUGCUAUCGCUGAGCUAUCUGAUUACACUCUUGUCCUGCUGCGUGCUUGCUGUGAUCUUCAGGUUGUUCCGGCAUUGUGUUGUUUGCCUAACAUUGCUGCAGCUGAUGGCACCGUGGCGCUGAGCAGUCCUUUGGUAUCUACUCUCACUGACAAAGGAAGAUUUGAUGUUGCGCAAAGGCUGUUUGCUUCAUCAAACAUUAAUUUGGAAAUGACAGAGUCUUCUGUAAAAGCUCAAACUAUGCAACAACCCAGAUUUUUCCCACUAGUCCUUUAUGUUGCAUUGUAUGGGUUUUAUGCUUUAGGUGGGAAUGUAUAGGAGCUUUGCUGAGUGUCCGGUUAUUGCUCUGUCCUGUGCUUUCUUCUGUAGCUCUGCAAUGUAGCAUUGGUGUGUUUGAAGUAGCAGCAGAACCACUCAACUGAGUGCUUCCUGCAGUCCAGCCAGAGGUUAUGGGGGUGAAGGUCGACUCAGCACACCUGGGGUGAACACUCUGCUCUGCUACCAGCUGUCCUACUGCUCUGCAGGCUCACUGAGGUGUGUCUGCAGCAGAAGGUACAUAAAUAAGGGAUGAAGGGGAGGAAGGGAAAAAGACAAGCCUAGAACAGAAAUUGAACAUAGCUGUUCUGGUUGUUGUCAGAUCUGCAGGGCGGUAGAAGGUUGAUUGCUUGCAUUAGUAUGCGGGGGAGAAAGCUGUAAAGUACAAACUGCUUUUUGUAAGCAAGCAAACAAGCAGGCUGUGGAAAUGCAGGAUUCUGCAACGCUGUUGAUGUUUUGCUCAUUUAAGACGAUGUGCAGAAUGCCUUCACUCUGGAGCAAGUGGAAUGAAGGGCUCUCAAAGAGGUACGUGAUUAGGUUUUCAUUUGUUAAGUGUAGUUGGGCUUUAUGGAUGUGAACUGCACCCAGCAGGAACUAAAAAAACCCUCUUUUUCAGAAACUUAAGACCACUGUAGGGAUUUAUGCCUCUUCUCAGCAUUUCUCUGUUUUCUAGUUAAGUUUUUACUCGCCUUAGCAAGUUCAGGUUUAAAUUGUCUUCUGAACUUCCUCUCUGAGGAGCGGGGAUGCCUUUUGCUGUGAGGUGUCCCUGCUGCGCUCCACAUGAAGUGGGAUCAUAUUACUCAUUUGAGUGCACAUGUUUUUAUUGUUUCCUUGACUAAUGGCAAAGUGCUAGUAAAGCACUUUGUGCUUUGAACUGCUUUGCCUUUUUUUAAUUGUAUAUUUUGUAAUCUUGUGGAUGGGACAGAAAUGCAGCAGGGAUCCCUGUAAAUAUGGGCUUAGGAAGAUGGUGCUCCAGGAGGGUGGAAUAUUGGUGCUUUUAGAUAAGACUCUGCAAUGGUUGACAGACAAACAAGCAGGCACUUGUGUGUGGAGGGGGCAUCAGUAGCCAGGACCAGCAGCUUAGCUGGAGGGUGGGAGUCCUGGGUUCCAUUUUCUGCUCUGUUCCCACAUGGACUUCAGCAGGUUGCCUUAGAGGUCUUUAAAAACUCCCAUCAGUUAAGCUUUGCCUGAGGAAGUGGACUUUGCAGAAUAGCACUGUGGUGCCUUGGCAUACACUGAGAGUGCUGGAGAGCCUGGCACGCGGAGCCAUUGGUGUGUGUAUCUUGUCUAUUAAAUGAAGCUGAUGGUACUGCCCGAGCCUUGCACUGGUGUAUAUUGAAAUGUCCUAUGGGAGGGUGGAAGCAUCUUACUCUGCUUCUGGGAAUGAUGCAUGUUUGUAAAUGGGGAAGUCGUCUUUUGCUGAUCACUACUCAAAAGUUGUCUCUGUAACUAACUCACUCAUCAAAACUUCCUAUUAAAAAAAACCAACAGAAAUAACUUAUAACCUCAUGCAUGUGAUUU